AAUUUGCCCUUUGUUUCUCAGUCUCUUCUUCUUCGUCUGUCAUCACCUUCGACGACGGUGGCUCUGUGAAGGUCGGUCUCCAUCCAUUCCUUCUCCUGAUCCCACUGCGUUGGCCCUCGCGAUCAUCGCUCCGAGGCAAUCGCACGGUGAGUUCGUCUUCUUUCAUGUCUCCGCUACUCUCUUCCAGCGUUCGAUGUAGAUUCCUUCGAUUUCCCGUCGCGGUCGAUUAUGGAGGAUGUGAAUGUGGACGUUCACCAAGCAGCUGAGGUUCCCGAUACGCCCGAUAGAUUAAUCGCGCGGUGUAGCAAGAAUGGAAUCGAGACGAAAGUUAACUCGCUAGCGCCUGGUUCUUCAAGGUGUUCUGGGUCUUUGGAUCAGGAAUCCCCGAAUUGGCUCGGGAAGGGUGGGCGAGCGGUGAAUGGGAUGGGGCGGCAGAACCCAAGGUUGCAGAUUUGCCCUCCUAAAAGGAUUCUGAAUGCCGUUGAAUUCGGUCGCCGCCGCGGUGACCCUGUUGGUGACUUGUCAUUGGAUAAUUCGAACGCUUCGCAGCAUCACUUAUUUAGAAGAGCAGCUGGAAAUGGGCACGUUAAACCUGACUCCAGACAUUCUUCUGGCGCUGACAAUAUGGAGAGAGGGAAGGCUGCUUCUAUCGGAGUUCCUAUGUCAUUUGCUUCCUCAGAAAAAGGCGCUGCUUUGAAUGCGAUUCAACGCAAUGGGCACAAUGGAUUUGUUAAAACAUCUGAGCCGUUUGGUAAUUCAGAAGGUUUUCUAGCCGAUGAUUUUAGAAGAUUCGAAAUAAAAACUGAUAAUGAACAUUCUUACCCUUGUUCUGAGUCUUUUCAGACGUUGAACAGGUUCGGUAAGGGCAAAGAGAAGCUAGAUGAAAGUGCAUGCAAAUAUGCCAGUUCAGUCAAGUUUGGUGAGAAAGCAAUUGAUGUGCGUGAAAAAUCUUCAAAACACGUAUCUCAGUCUCCUAUAAGUGUUUCUUCUCCGAGACAUAUUGGGAAGAAAAGGUUGGUCAGAAAUGGUUGUAUCUCUCCACUUAACAUAGCAACAAGGGAAAAAGAAAUAGCUGAAAAAAAGAGUGGUAAUGCUGAAGAUAGUAUUCCUGAUAGAAAUAAAGGAAAAGGGAUAUUGAUGCAUCCAUGUACAUCAGAGAAGCCAGAGGGAAAACUUUCAGAUAUCUUGACCAGGAGACCUAUUAUUCAUGGGGAGGAUAAGGGAACAAAUGAUGCCACUGUUAAUUUGAAUCAAGGAUGUGAGAGCCUUGGUGGAUGGAGGACUACACAUGUCCAUGCUAAGAAAGCACGCCAUGGCUCCGAAGCUGACGUUUUGCUAUCUGGGGGAACUGAUAGUGCUGGAAACUUAUUCCACAAUCGUGAUAAUAUAGUGGGGAAAAGAACAAGCAGCUAUCGUCAUCAGAGCAGUAGUUCUGGCAGUAUUGCAAACAUGAAUACACAUCAAAGAAUUUCCGAGAUUGUUUCUGAGGGAGGCCAAACACGUGGACGGCCAAUACCUACACGAACUUCGACUAGAAGGCAAAACAGUAGGGAAAUAUGUUUUGGGGAUGGCAAUUCUUAUAACUCAGAAGUUAUCUGCCUGAGCUCCCCUGGGGAUUCUAGAAAUCGAUCAUCUGCUAGACAAAGGCGUCAACAUCAAGGAGCUUCUUCUUCAGUUAUUGAAAUUGAUGACGCUUCUCCUGGAAUGAGUCAAUCUGGUACUACUAUUCUAGAUACUCUCAAUAGUUUUGAGUCAGAUUCUAGGGCGAGACAACUGGAAGCAGACGAGAUUCUGGCUCGUGAACUUCAAGAACAACUAUAUAACGAUUCACCGAUGCUUGGAACUGGGGAGAUGGAUGAAUACCUGGCUAGAUUACUCCAGCAAGAGGAGAAUGUAGGGGGAAAUGCAUCUGCUUCUGUCAGAAGUCGUCGUCGAACUGGUCAUGGAAAUUCAUCCCAAACUCAUUCACGAAGGCAACCCCUGCCACGGUCUUUUCGAAACCUUUCAAAUAGGAGAGGUACCGAGGCACGAGUUCCUGUACAUGCAAGACUUCAGCGGUCUAGGAGGCCCAUUUCUAGAUCGCCCUCAUCAUUUUUAUCUGGGGAGAGGACUCUUCAUUUUCCAUUAAAUAUGGAUCUCGACAUGAGGAUGGAUAUAUUGGAAGCACUGGAAGCUGCAUUGGGAGAUGUCAGUGACAUAGGAUUAUCCAGUACCAAUUUUCAAACUCAGCGUGAUUUUAAUGAAAAUGACUAUGAAAUGCUGCUGGCACUUGAUGAGAACAACCAUAAUGUUGGCACCUCUGAUAAUCAUAUUAAUAGUUUGCCGGAGUCGAAAGUGCAGACCAAUGUCUAUGAAGAAGCGUGUGCAAUAUGUCUGGACACCCCUACAAUUGGGGAUGCAAUACGGCACCUUCCUUGCUUGCACAAAUUUCAUAAAGAUUGUAUUGAUCCCUGGCUCCGCAGAAGUACAUCUUGCCCUGUCUGUAAGUCGUCGAUAACGUGAUUGCCGUGAAACGCAGAAGGCAUUAAUUAUAGUGCAGCUGGUUAUGCAAAAACUAAAGCGUACUCUAUUUGAUGGUUGAUCUAAUUGAAGCACACCCAGUUCUUAUGGUACAUUUUCUUGGGAAUUGGCUUCCCAUGGAUUUCCUAUUUGGGAGUCUGGAUAAACGGUUCUUUGUAUGGGUUGUAUUAGUGACCUAGCUGCCCAAGUAAUUUUGGGUUUGUAUCAAAAUGAAGCUUGCUUUUGUACUACUGUGGUGCAGGCAUCUUUUUGUGGCCAUGUGGCUAAGGUAUCUAUUUUGUGUAUGAGCAGCCUUUUUCUUGGCCACCCUUUAGGGUCGGUGAUGGUGCAUUGGUGGAGCUGCUUUGAGAUUGUUACAGUCCAAUGAUAUGGGCAGGAAGAAGUUCGCAAUUAAGAUAGUUUUGUGAUCCUUAUCCAAUGAGCUCCAAUCUAAUUGUUGGGAAAUCGGCACAGC